UCUGCUUCAUCAUUCAUUCAUUCAUUUAUGCCAUGCACGGUUUUGUGUCGUGUAAAAUUUUGCAUUUUUUGGAUAAAUUGAUAAGUUUUACCUUAGGUGAUGGAACGCUAGAUAUUUGAAAAUGAAGUCCAUGGUGGCUUACGUCCGUAGCCUACUCGGAUGGUGUGACGAAAGUCCAGCGAUUAGAACAAGCUUCAAACGAGACAGGGCAGAGGAUGAUUUUUCGUCCGAUGAUGAUACUCCAGCAUUUAAAAGGCUCAAACACUUGAAGAGAACAAGUUUUCCUGACAUAAUGGCAACGAAUGAUUUAUGGGACAAGGAUGAUAAACCAAGCAAAAAUGUACGCUACGUGCCAAUCCAGAUUGAAGCAGGUCAUCCAAGCACCUCUACUCCUAAUGAAGUGCCUGGCAAGUCAAGUCGAACCAGAACUGUUCCUAUCAAGCUUGUAGGGGUUUCAGAAAAUGGCCCUUCCACACCUUCUAGAAAACCAAGGAUUCACACACCAGUGAAGCCUGUGAUACAUGCUGUGAUUGAUGAUGAAGAUGAAGAUGAUGAGCAUGAGGUGACAUGGGUUGAAAGUAAAUCAGAUACAAAGCCUUCAAAAGUAUACAUAAACUUAGAAGAUGACGAAGAUGAUGUCAUAUUUGUAAAGAAGAAAAUAAAUUCACCUCCACCAAUAAAACCCUAUAAAUUCUUCAUAAAAAACAGUGAUACAUCUGAUUCCAGAGAUGACUCUGUACAGUAUUACAAGUUAAGUCGAAAAUUAAGUGAUCGUAACUCCAUUAAUAUGUCUCCAAAAACAUACAGCAAAUUUAAAGCACCAGCAGGUGUCACAAAAACAUACAAGAAAGUCCCCACAUCAGUGCCUAGAUGGAUGCAAUCUUCAAAACCCUCGAAUCUCGCAAAUACAAGAAAUCGGUUAUUAAAUCUCAACAUCAAUGGCAAUGCUAGGUCAACGCUAUCUGAAGUGUUUAAUUUAGAUGAGAAGAGAAAUUACCAAGAAUUAAUAAGACGAGUGGCUAAUUCAAUGAAACCAAUAUCAUUCAACAAACCUUUAGAUGUAAUAAAUUUGGCAGAAGAUUCUGCAUCUUUUAGAUACACACAAAGAGCUCAGAAAAAGGCAUUAGAUGAAAUAAAACUAGUAGAAAAAGGCUUGUCCUUGAACAAAGAAAAUGAAAACGCAAAAGAGUAUGACCCAAUCACAGUAGCUUCCAUCAACUCGUCCGAUUCUGAAGUAGAAAUAGUUCCUUCAGAAUCGUCCACAACCUCAUCAGUUAGAAUCGAGCCCAUAAAUUCACUCAGAGAGUCGCUCAAAGAGAAAGAUGUGACAUCAGGCGACUGGCUCGCCAAAUUGGAUUCCAAAUACAAUAAGAAGAAACAAGACACUCAAGAGAAGCUGCACGACGCUCGGAAAGAGGCGGACAUCAUAUCGAAAGUGAACAACGAGCAGAAGCGAGCUCACCUGGAGCACAGGCUGAAGUACGAGCUCAGCAUCUCGGAGAGUUUGUUCGAGGAGCCACAGCCCGCCGUUGAGCUGCCGCCGCUCACGCCGGAGCAGGACAAGCUCGUCAACCGCGCGCUCGGGCCCGGCCCGCCGGGGCAGCUGCUCGUCGAGAAGUUCAAUCUGAGGAUACACAGACGCGACCUGCAGACGCUGUGCGGGCUGAACUGGCUGAACGACGAGGUGAUCAACUUCUACAUGAACCUGCUGAUGCAGCGCGCCGCCGAGCGGCCCAAGCUGCCGCGCGUGUAUGCCGCCAACACCUUCUUCUACCCCAAGCUCAUGCAGGCGGGCCAGGCCGGCCUCCGCCGCUGGACCCGCAAGGUGGACAUCUUCGCGCACGACCUGCUAGUGGUGCCGGUGCACCUGGGCGUGCAUUGGUGCGUGAGCCUGGUGGACUUCCGCGCGCGCCGCGUGGCCUACCUGGACAGCAUGGGCGGCCGCAACACCGCCUGCCUGCAAGCCCUGAUGCAGUACCUGCGCGACGAGCACCAGGACAAGAAGGGCGCGCCCUUCGACGACGCCGGCUGGCGGACAGAGUGUCUCAAGGACAUCCCGCAGCAGAUGAACGGCAGCGACUGCGGCAUGUUCGCGUGCACGUUCGCCGAGUUCACGUGCCGCGACGCGCCCUACACCUUCUCGCAGGCCCACAUGCCGUACCUGCGCCGCAAGGCCGCGCUCGAGAUCCUGCAGGGCAAGCUGCUGCUAUAGACCGCAGGCCGCAGACCGCAGGCCGCGCGACACCACUCGCGACCACCGAGCGUUUGUUCCCGAAAGUUUAGUGCGAGUGAUGUGAUGACCGGCGUUGACGACCUCCCGAGAUAUAGUAAGUGAAUGCCGCGCGAUAUCGAGCGUCGCCUGAGACAGUAUCCGCUACCUAGUUAAGUCUGAAACUAUUUAAGUUAUAUUUAUAUCGCUGAGCCUGGUCGGGUCGCGCGCGUAAUGCCGGCCGGCGCGGCGCCUUUAGUGAACCUUAUUUUAAUACUUGAUUGAUUUAUGUAUAAGUAUCAUAGAAAUAUGUACAUAAUAUUAUUAUAACACUACUCUUGAAUGUUUGUUUCUUCCAGUAGAACUUUAAAGUAAUAAAUCAGUUACAAAAUAGUCAUUGCAUUUGAGAUUUUCUCGAGGUGGUGUAGGAUGACAUGAUUCAGUUGUUUCUUUAAGUAAGCAGUAACAAUAUUCACACAUUAUUAACAUUACUAAAUAGGACAUAUUGCUAUCCUUUUUUCUUUUUAUUAAUGAUACACAUUUUCUUUGUCUCUAAACAAACAGAUGAGAAAAACUUUGCAACCUCUAUAAAGUGAAGAACCAAAAAAUAUAUGUUCAUAUUAUUUAACAUAAUAAAUGGAAACAUUAUUUACAUGCCUCAUGCAUGUAGCGACUAGCGAUUUAUAGAAUAUCAGUCGAAAUACACUGGGUCCAGAGCCAGAGACCUAAUGAUACCUGGAGCUGUGUAGUGAAAAAACAAGUUAAAGUUUAGUUACAACACUUGCAUGAUGUAUACAUAGAAAAUUAAAUGUUUUGUAGGGGUGGCAUCGUUUUUAUCUUUGAUAUGUAAUUUUGUCUAAUUAAUUGGUUGUAUAUUUUGAUCUCUAAUCUCUAGCAGACAUAAA